GUAAUCAUAAACAAUUGAAUACUAAUCACAACGCAUCUCGUAUUUGAUAUUGAAAGCUCAUGAUUACAUAUAUAUAUAUAAAUAGCCACUUGCCUCAAUUUAGAGUUUGCUUGUCGUCAUGGUGGGUAAAAAUCAUUAAAAAUUUCAAAGACUCUUCAUCUAACAAUCGAAAAAUAGUCAGACAAAGCUAGCUUUUUCGAGCAGCUCUACGCCUUAGAUCAAUCAGAUUCAGAUGAUGGAGUACCUAAUGAGUCACGAGAAUUUUGGAAAAAAUGUAAUAAACCAGUUCUGGAUCUUCCAUCACAGAAAGUGCAAAAUUUGCUACCUCCCAGGUCUAAGGAACUCAAUUUACCACCACCUCGAAAGGCUUAUAUACCGCUGCUCAAAAAUAUUCCUUCGUUACAGCGAAGUCAAUCUGAGCCACAGGGGAAUGUGAGUAAGGCUAAGAGUAUGGUGAAUGGCACUGCGACUGCAGAAUUGUCAAUACAGUCAUCUGGUAAACAGUCUGAAUCGCGUACUACGGUUUCUGCAAGUAGUUCUUUUGAAAAGGAGAUUUCAUCUUCUAUAAGUGCGGAUGGUUCAAGCAAAAGACCAACUAUAGAUCAACGCAGCAUAUCAAACCCAACACCAGCUAAAUUGGUUCUUACUAAUAGUACUGGAAUAGCAUCAAUGCUUAGCAAAAAGAGAAAGGGAGAAGCCCUGAAUAAGGGAGCGGUCAAAAAAGCCACCGGAAGGAAGGAGAAACCCCUCAAGCUUGCUCCUCCAAAAGAUAGGGUCUUCGAGGGACUCAACUUUUUCUUUCUUCCUAAUGAUGAUAAGUCACCUGUUAGACGUGCUCGUAUUAUCAAGGCAAGAGAGCGCGGCGCAGCAUGGGUUAGAGAUAUCAACGAGCCCAUCAACUAUUUGAUCAUCGACAAAUCAUUAACACGAAAGGAUGUUAUUACCUACCUCAAAGUUCUGCCGGUAGGAGCCAAAAUGGUAAAUGAAGAGUGGUUAUUGGACUGCAUCGAGCAGAAAUAUCUCUAUGAUCCAUCUGGGAAGAAAUAUCUGGUCAAAGAUCCAGAUGCAGUCAUUGAAAAGGAACAAAUACCGGUACCAUCAGAGUCACAACAGUCGGACAAAUCACUACAGAUAAAAGCAGCUCCUAACAAACCAAAUAAAUGGGAAUAUGUACCUCCGGUAGAGACACCCGAGCGAAGUCAACAUUUAAUGCCAACCGUCAAUCCAAUCCCUUUCCCUUUAGCUCCAGUGUCUGGACAGCAAUCACAACAAGGAAGUUCACACCAUUUGACAGAGAAGAGCUUGCAACUCCUUGGUGAAGACUCUACUGCAAAUCCAGAACAAGUAGACCCCGGCAUACUGAAUGAAGCUAUUGAAUUAGCCAGGGCAACCGAAGGUGUACUCGACCAUGAUAACUCUGAAGAUGAUUUAACAUCAACUACUAGUGACUUUGACAAUACUAUAGAUGAAUCCGACUCAGAAGACGGUCGCCGAUCACCUUUAAAGGCUCCCACCAAAAUCCGCCGAGCAGUUCCCGCAGGAAAAGGAAGCCUCAAUAACUUCCAAUGCAUGACGGGGGGAACCGCUUCCAAAGGACCCAAUCCCAACCAACACACAAUUGAAAUCCUAUCUCGAAUGCGCGAGUACUACGAAAGAAUCGGUGAUCAAUGGCGAAGCCGCUCUUAUCUCCAAGCAUGUGGCCAACUUAAGAACCAACAAACUCUCAUCCGCACCUACGACGAAGCCAUUCAAAUUCCCAAAAUCGGACAACGCAUCGCCAAGAAAAUCGAAGAAAUCGUCCUCACAGGCCGACUCCUCCGUCUCGGAAACGCCGAAGCAGAACCCGGCGAUAAAAUCCUCAAAUUAUUCAUGGGUAUCUACGGCGUCAAUUUCAAACUAGCUUCAAAAUGGAUAUCCCAAGGCCAUCGCACCUUUGCCGAUCUAGAACAAAACAUCAAACUUAGCCCCAACCAACAAAUCGGCAUAGCCCAUUACAAUGACUUGCAACUACGAAUUCCCCGCACGGAAAUCGAAGAAUUGGGUAAACAUAUCAUGGAAACAGCACAGUCACUCGAUCCGGAUAUCGAAAUCACAAUCGGUGGAUCAUAUCGUCGCGGUGCUAAAUCAUCAGGUGAUAUCGAUAUUAUCAUCACAAGAGCUCAUACGACAUCCACAACACAAUUAACCCCAUUUCUAUCCUCCCUCGUAAAAAUUCUCACAGAUUCGCAUUUUCUAGUAGCGGCUCUCGCUGUGCCGCAUAAUAAUGAAGGAUCAAAAUGGCACGGAUGUUGUGUUUUACCCCUUUCUUCUUCUUCCUCUUCUUCUUCCUCCUCUCCCACUACUCACACCAAUCCUCACCCCUGGCGCCGCAUCGAUUUCCUCCUCGUUCCUUCCACCCAACUAGGCGCCGCGCUGAUCUACUUCACCGGUGACGAUAUCUUUAAUCGUAGCAUGCGGUUAUUAGCCGGGAAAAAAGGUAUGCGUUUAAAUCAGCGGGGGUUGUAUAAGGAUGUGAUGAGAGGCGGGAGAGGAGCAAAUGGAGGAAAAUGGGAAAGUAGAAAGAAAGUUACGGAUGGGAUGUUGGUGGAGGGGAGAGAUGAGAAGAGAAUUUUUGAGAUACUGGGGGUUCCGUGGAGAGAACCGUGGGAGAGGGUUUGCGGUGAGGUUUCUUUUGGGGUGAGGGAGAAAUGGAAAGGGGAAGUGGGAGGGAGGUGGCGUGGUUAUUGUGGGAUGGGGAUUGGGAUUGGGAUAUGGAUUGGGGUUACAUCUGGGUAUGGGGAUGAGGACAUGAAUAAUUAUAGGUAUAGGUAUAGGACUGAGGAUGGGAAUACGAAUCAGGCAAACGAAUUAAGAAUACUGGAUACAUGAUAUGGAAUAUGGAGUAUUAAAUAUAAAUUAGGUCGAAGUGGUAAGGUUCAGGAUAUUCAUUUUUUCUCUUCUAC